CCACUUGGCGGUUUCCUUUUCCCCCCUCCAGACGCUUCCAAGACGGACGUCCCGGAGGACUUCGACAUCGACAUGGAGAACCCAGAGACUGAGAAGGCGGCCGUAGCCAUCCAGUCACAGUUCAGGAAGUUCCAGAAGAAGAAACGUGACGAAAAGUCGUAGUGGGCGGCCACUGUGACCACACAGUGACAUUUGCAUGAGUCGUAUCUGUUUGAACUCCACUCGUUGUAAUGGAGUUUUGGGGAAGGCCAAGGAAUGCAACAGCCUCUUAAACAUUUGUGUGUGAAAGG